CCAAGGUCAGGCUGGGGGGGCACUGAGCACCCUGAUCAGCUGCAGGUGUCCCUGUUCAUUGCAGGGGAGUUGGACCAGAUGGACUUUAAAGGUUUCUUCCAAUUUAAACAAUUCUGUGAUAAUUCUAUUCUAUACCUCCAGGAGGUCUCAGUGGGGUAGCAACCAUCCCUUUCCAUCCGCCCCAGGCACCGGGCUAGCCUUGCUCACUGUGCCCACUCUUUCCCUCCCCCACACCAUCCCAAACAAUGAGGUUUUGUCUCCACACGCAUUCAGCAGCGGUGGUUCCUUAGGCCCCUAAGCCCUAUUUUGUGUGCACGCUCUGAGCUUAACCAGCACAUUCCUGCCAGAGGUUAAGCCUGGGCGCCAUGUGGAUAAUCUGAGCUUUUUUGGCCUCCUUCUCCAAGUGACAGUCAUGAUAACGGGCUCACGUGUGUCAACCGUUCUCCUGCCCCUUAUCUCUUCCUCUCUACCAAGCCUGUAGCACUCAGGGACAGAACGGGAUCACAGCUGCAAGCCACGAGACUUAGGGUGGCCAACAGGAGGAAAGGCCUUGCUUCAGGGCCAGCAUCCUGUACUGAUUCAUCUCCUGCCUUAGAAUGCCACAGCCCUUGAAGCCACCACAGCCUGGCUGCCCAGAUGCUUUGUCAGCACCAUCCACACACCAGUAUCAGUCAGCCUCAGCGGUACCUGCCGUCUGCCAGGUCCCAAGGCCAAAGUGUGACCAACAGCAAGCAGAGGGUUGUGAGGAAAGUAGCGGCCAUGGCAUGAGAGUAGGGCUGGAGUGAGUUGACAGAGCUGGAAAGGGGAUCUGUAGAGUGCAGGAGCCAGAAGGGCUGGAAGCUGGGAUGGCAGGGCACCAGGGUGCCCUGAGCACAGCAACAUUCUCAGGAACAAAGCAGGAAAACCAAGGAAAGAGAGGCCAUGCACUGGCUUAGGCAGGGGGUAGGAAGGGAGGAGAAUCGACCUUUUUCUUCCCCACUGAAAAUCCCCUAUUUUCCCUUCUCUCCUAGACAUCGAGCUCUUUGCUCUGGCCUCAGACUCCAGGCAGGAGUGCUAUGCCUCCUUUCUCAUGUGGUUAAUUUCUUUCCUGAUUAAAAGUGAUUAGGCACCUCUAAAGCUGACAGAAAUGUGACCGAUGGGAACAGAGACAAAGAGUCCAUUCAUGAUCUCUUAAAUCCCCCAGGCAGUAUUUAGAGAGCCCAGAACAGAGACCUGAAGCAGAACCACCCCAUCACUGCCUCUGUGUUUUCCUCCCUUCCUCCACCAUGUCCUUCUCUGAAGCGGAGGUGCAGAGCGCCCGUGGUGCCUGGGAGAAGAUGUAUGUGGAUGCUGAAGACAACGGGACAGCAGUGCUGGUCAGGAUGUUUACCGAGCACCCAGACACCAAGUCCUACUUCACACACUUCAAAGGCAUGGACAGCGCUGAAGACAUGAAACAGUCGGAUCAGGUCAGGGGCCAUGGCAAGAGGGUUUUCACCGCCAUCAACGACAUGGUGCAACACCUGGACAACACCGAGGCUUUUCUUGGGAUACUGAACCCACUCGGCCAGAAACAUGCCACCCAGCUCAAGAUCGACCCCAAAAAUUUCAGGAUCAUCUGUGACAUUAUCUUGCAACUGAUGGAAGAGAAAUUUGGUGGAGACUGCAAAGCCUCCUUUGAGAAAGUGACCAAUGAGAUCUGCACUCACCUGACCAACAUCUACAAAGAAGCGGGUUGGUGAGGGCAGGCGACCUUCAGGCUCUUCAGACUUCUCACCAGCACUGAUUUGCUGCUUUCAGGCCUUCAGCCACAGUUGGAAAAAUGAAAAAAUUGAAAAAAAAAAAAAAAAGGAGGAAAAAAGGCUUAUGUAAUAUAGAUGUUAACGUCAAUAAUUUCCUUAGAAAAUUGAGUUUCCAUGGUUAAAUGAAAACCACAGAUGCAUCAAAGCCAAACAACAAAUCCUGAUGAGCUUUGCAGCUGCACCACUCCAUGUGGAUUCCUCUGGGGAUGGUCCCUGAAGACCUCAUUUGAAGACCAAGACUUGAACCUUGCCGCUUCUGGAAGACUUGCUCCUAUCAGCAGCAUCAGCCCAGAGAGGUACAAGCAGGCCUUUACCUUGCCACCCUCAUCAAUGACAAGAGGGAAACUACUUUGAAGCAUCUCCUGGGUCACAGACUUCGUAGAGGUCAUUAUUUAAGAGACAAAGGAGUUGGUUUGAACUACCACAGUGGGAGGAGUGGGGGACACUGAGCAUGGGGAAGAGUAACAUCUGAAAAAGACACGGGGAAAGCUCCAUCCUGGACAAGGCAACAGUCCCCCAGCUGAGAGGUGCCUCAGAGGAGCUUCCAGCACAGGGGGUGUUAACACUGAAUGUGCUCACCCUUGGGCAGAGGUGAACAUCUCCAGCACCUGGAUUUUGCGCUGUGACUCCCAGAAGAUUGCUCUGACCACGCACCCAGGGGAGAGCAACAGCACCAAGCUCCUGCACAGCUUCUCCUGAUACUCCCUUCAGCAGUGACCAAGGCCAGAACUGUUUAAUUGCUUUUCUUUAGACGUGGUGAAAUCAUCAGCUGAUAACUGCAAAUAACCACAGGCCAUUCUGCUUCACUGUAACGCAAUAAACACAAGGAAAGCCGGUGCGUUCUCUCAUUUAGGCCCUGCAGGAGUGGCAGCUGGUCACAGUGUGGGGCUGCUAGUGGUACAAGGAGGGGAGGACAGGGAGUUACCAAGGAAUAAAACAUCCCCAGACGGAAAAUUUGAUCUUGUAGAGCCAAGAAAACGCUUUUCUGAUUCAAAAUACUACCUAAACAACGUAGAAAUACACACGCACUACAGUUCAGUUAAUCGGCUUUGCUGAGCAAACACAGAAUCCUAGAACCCCCCUGCUACAGGCAGGGACACGUCCCUCUAGACCAGGUUGCUCAAAGCCCCGCCCAGCCUGGCCUUGACCGUCCAGUGCUUCCCUUAAGGCCUGUGGCAGGGGCAGCUCUGGUGAAACUCAGGGAACAGCAGGGAAAGAACACAGGCAAAUCAAUACAGGUGACAUCCCACCUUAAAAGAGGGGGAUGCUAGAGAAGUCUUUUUUCCCUUUACAUUUCUGAAAGUUAAUACUGAGAUAAUUUACCAUCAGACUAUUACUGAGGCUCGGUUAACCUGAUCUGCCACACCAGAGCACUUCUGGCCUGUGCAGCGGAGUGGAUUUGAGCCGGUCCCUGGCACGGUUACAGCAGUCAGAUUGCACAUGGCCAGCACCAAGCAAGCAGUGGUUGGACAGCAAUGAAUUUUUCCCCACAUGAGCCAGCAGCACCCCAGGCUGAACCACUCAAUUCCUCAGCAAACAGCAGAAAUAGGAACAUGUUGUGUUUCAUAGAAUCAUAGAAUGGCCUGGGUUGAAAAGGACCUCAAAGAUCAUCGAAUUUCAACCCCCCUGCUGAGU